UACAAAUAAAUUUCGUUUUUUUUCCUCAUAUUUUGCCAAGCUGUCAAGAACAAAUUUUCUAAUAAACAAAAUAAUUUUCAUCACCAGUGUAUCGAGAAUAGAAUUGUUAAAACUUUUAUGUGAAUGCGAAGGAGGGAUCGAUAUUGAUGAAAAAAGGAAGCAAUGUCUUGGUUAAAUAACAGCUUGAAUACAAUUAAAGGCCAAGUGAGUACUUUGGUGCAAGAGGUACUUGCCGAAACUGUUGGUCCUGGCGAUAGCGAAUAUUGUGAUCCAGCUGUUGAUAAUCGUACUGCAUUGGAAUUAUUGGCCGAUACGCAAAAAGAGAAAGAAGAAUUGGAUAAGCUAUGCAUGGAAAAGGAAGCCGAAAUUUUGACAUUACGCAAACAAAUUGAAGCAUUACAACAACAACAGAUUGGUGAAUCAGGAGGUGGAGCUAUUAAUGCAGUAAAUAGUAGCCUCAAUAGCGGACGCAAUUCAAAAACUCCCACUGAAAAUCAUGGUUCUUCUACGUUGGAAGAUAGUUGGUGUUGGGAGCCCGAUAACUCCAAAUCACCCGAUAAUGAUCGCAGUUCAGAGACUUCGAGUGGUAAUAGCCAUGAAAUGGUUAACAUUACUUUGGAAGAGAUACCCUUGGGUGCUUCGGCAAAAUCUAGUAAAGCGCGUUGCCAUCGUUUGGGUACGGGCGCGACAAUUCAAAAUGCUGAGCAGCAUAAACGCUUACAACAUCUGGAGGAGGAAAACAAACAACUGCAAAUGUCUUUGGAAGAGCUAGAUAGCCAACAUAAUCUGGCCAUGCAAAACGUAUUGGAAUUGAAAGCGAAUUUACAAGAGCAACUCUCUAACAUUAACAAUAAUUAUGAAGGGUUGAAGAAAGACUAUCAACAGCAGUUCACAAGCUCUGAGCUAGAAAUUGGUAAGCUUCGUAAAAAAGUUGAAUUAUUAGAUGGAGAGAAGCAAAUCGCUUUAAAUGAUAAGAGUAAGCUUGCUGAACGUUUAAAAAAUUAUGAGCUAGAAUUGAAAGAAAGUGUGAGCGGAAUGUCCGAUUUGCAAAAGUUACUCGACAAGAAAUCUAGCGACAAUGUUGAAUUAAUUGAACGGAUCAAAGAGAGCGAAGAGAAGUGUAAGAAGACUAUGGAAGACAAUGAAAAGCUAUUCAAAAAGUUUAACGAUCUAUCCAAAGAGUUUGAAGAAUUCAAAAUGAAUGAUAAAAAGACGUCAGAAUCUUCAGCUAGUUCGUCGGAGAAACAAAGUGAAGACGAAUUUAUUGUGGUACGUGAUGGCGGCGACAAUUCUCCUGAUCCGGCAACGCCGCCUACGAAGGAGGAUCUUAAAGAUAAAAUUGUUCAAUUAGAGAAUAAAGUUUCAAGUUUGCGUUCAGAAAAUGAAAGUCUAACAUUGAAAAUUCAGGAUCAGCAAAAAGCAAGUGAUUGUACUUCAAACAAGUUAAUUGAAAAACUCAAGGUUAAGGAUGAAGAAAACGAGAAUCUGGCUGAAGAGUUACGUAUGUUGGCCAUAGGCAAUGAAGAAAAACAAGAUCAGCUUGCAUCUUUGGAAGCAAAGAUGGCUGAGUCCGUUUCGGCUUAUGAGACUUUAGAUGAAAAGAAGUCAAAAAUUUGCAACGAAUUGCAACAAAUAAAAGAAACUUUUAGUCAGCAAAAUCAUUUACUAGAAGCCGAGAAUAAAAGUUUACAAAACGAAUUGCAAAAUUUGAAAAUCUCCCAGGCUCGUAUUAAUGAAUUGGAGCAAAGAUUGCAAGCAAUGACUUUAGAGAAUCAGCAGUUGAAGCUUAACGCCGAAGCUAUUACUGAAACAUCAUUUAAUCUUAAUGAGGACAUGGAAGAAAAGCUUAAAUUAUUAAGCGAAGAAAAUGCUAAUCUGAAAUCGGAAAUCUUAAGGAUAACCGACUCGAACUUUAAACGAGCCAUAGCCGAAGAGAAGCAAACAAUAACUGAUUUGGAUGAAGACGAAGAAGAUCAAGAAGACGAAUUGGAUAUAUUGUAUGAUAAAUGCAAAAACAUCAUAAAAGCGCAAAACUUUAUGGGAGAACCGGCUUUAGAAGAAAUGCAAAAACUGUAUAACAUACUUAGAGGUAAACUCACGAAAGCGCACGAUGUAGAGAAAAAUUUAACUCGGGUAUCAGUAGAAAUUCUUGAUUUACAAGAUAGCAAAUUAGUUUGGGAUCAUGAAAAGAAAACAUUGGAGGCGGACAUUUCUCAAUACAUAUUACAGUGCGAUGAGCUUAUGAAGAACAACGAAAUUCUACUUAAUGAAUUGGAGAAUUACAAACGUCACAAAUUGGAAACAAUAUCGGAAAAUAACGAGGAGAAUAUUGUACAACUGGAAACGCAAUUGGAAGAAUGUAAUAAAUUAAAUUUGACCUUAGAACAAGAAUAUAAUGAACUCCAUAGGCGUAUUGAGGAAUUGGAAAAGGAGAAGCAGCAACUUAACGAGAAAUUAAGAGAAAUUCAAAUUCAUAACGAGAAGUUCAUGAUUAAGGAGAAAGAUCUAAAUUUACAAAUCGAGACCUUGGAAUUAGAAAAAUGCAAUAUAUUGCUUGAAUUAAAUGAUAUCAAAAUGAAUACCGAUAAAGGAUCAGAGCGUCAUAACACUUUGCAAGAAUGUGAAGAGAAAUGCCACGAUUUGGAGAGACAACUUUCCGCUUUGGCUAAAGAUCAUGCCGAUCUCGUAAUUGCCUUGCAAACACAGAAAGCAGCAUUUGUUGAUGCCAUUAAGAAGCAUGAGCAAACAUUUAACGAAAAACAGUUAUUGGAAAAUCAAUGUAAAGAAUUGCAAAAAACGCUGUUCGACAAUCAGGAAGAAUGCAAGCGAGAGCUUAUGGCUAAAGACAUUGUGAUUGAAAGUUUGAAACAAGAUAGCACAAGCUGGGCAAAAGAAAAUGAUAUAUUAAAAGCUGACAAACGCUCCUUGAACAAUAAAAUUGAUGAGCUGCAUCAGCAAUUGCUGGCGAGCGCUGACAAAGAACAAAUUUUAAAUACCCAAAUAGAAAUGUUAAGUGAACAGCAAAUUAGUCCCGAAGAAGUUGAUCAUUUAAAAGCCGAGAAACGUAAAAUUGAAGAUCAGUUUUAUAAUCUGGAACAAGAGUUGAAAAAUUCUAAAACUGAAAUUCAAAUGCUAAAGGAAAAAUCGAUCGCUCAUUCUCUUGGUGAUAUCAGUCAGGCCAUUUCGCAUGCAAAGCAAGAUGCCAAGCUAUUAGAUACAGCAGAUAUGCAAAAAAAUUUGGAAACUUUAACAUUUGAAAAACAAGAAUUUAUUAAAGCACUACAACAAAAACAUUCCGAAAAUAUGCAAUACUAUAUGGAAAUUCAACGUUUGACAAUAGCUUUGCAGAACGCACAACAGCGCCAGCAAGAAAAUGAGAAUAAAUCCUGUGAUAAAUGCCCCGCAUUAGAAGCAACCGCCAAUGAAUUGAAAAAAGAACAAGAAAAACUGAAAGAUCAAAUAAAUUUCCUUAAAGAAAAAUCAGACAUAUUAACUACAAAUUUAUUAACUGAACAAACAAAUCAAAAGCUAAUGCAACAAGAGAAAAAUGAUGUUUUAGAACAAAAUGCUACUUUACGCAAAGAUCUGGAACGUUUGCGCGGUCACCUACUGGAGAUCGAAGAUAUGCAUACGCAGGAGACGAUGGAAAUGCAAAAUGAACUUGAAACUACAAAAGAAAGAAUGUUAACAUUGGAGGAAGAAGUGUCUAAAUCAAACAAUGCAUAUACCUCGGCAAGCAUACGAGCCAAUCAGCAUGCUGAAACAUUGCAGGCGCAAUAUGCUUUGUUAGUCCAGCAGCGAGAUGAGUUAGUCGCCAAAUUGAGUUUGGCUGAAGAUCGCGAAUCGAAAAAUCAAGCGGCUCUUACUAAUCUUCAAUGUGCGUUAGAGCAAUUUCAAAAUGAUAAAGAAAACGACAUUAAGUUGGCCACGCAACGUUUACGUAAAGAAUUGCAGCAACACUGCGACAAAGAGAAUGAAUUGCAAAUCGAAAUGCAACAAUUGCAGCAGCAAUUGACCGAAGCCAAUCAAGGCUUGAGGGCCGCCUCUAGGCUAUCGGAUCAAUUAGAAGCCAGCCAGCAAACGGUAGCAGUAUUAAGAGAAGAGGUCGAUGCGUUAAAACAACAUACUGCUAAACUGGAAGAAAAGCUUUCCAGCACCGAAUCUAGUCAAACGGAUAAAAUUGAAAAAAGUCUUAUUAAGAGUUUGUUUAUUGGUUACGUGGUUAGCGGUAAUCCUAACGAUAAACAUCAGAUAUUACGUAUGAUAGCUUCACUUCUAGGGUUUACACAAAAUGAAACCGAUAAAGUUGGUCUUAAUAAACAGACCAGCGGUUGGUUGGGCUCAAUAUUAGGCGGCGGUACUGGUGGCGGUGGAGCGUCGCAUUCUAAGGAGAAUUUAAUGCAGGCUUUCGUUCAAUUCUUGGAACAGGAAUCCCGUCCCAAGAUGAAUGUCCAACAAAUGCCUAAUUUACUAAAUAUUACAACAUCGUCAUCAUCGCGUCGUACAUCGUCGUCUAGUAAUCCGGGUUCUGCAAUAAAUACUUCGCCUACUUCGGUAUCUUCGCCAGCUCCUGUACCUAUACAACCUUCGCUUUUGAAUUCUAAUGUAAUUGAUGACUUCACGCCUACUCGCAACUCUAGUUCAAUAUUAAAAGAUAUUUUAAGUGAUUCUUGAUUAUAUUAAUAUACAUUAUAUAUAAAUAUAUAUAUUUUUUUCUUUUUUUCCAAUGUAUUUCGCACGCAUACUUCAUCCAUAUUAUGUAUGAGUGUUUUGUUUUUGUAAAUAUUUUAAGAUAAUCUGUUUGUACACAUGUUUUUUUUUUCAUAUUUUAUCUAUGAUUACUUUACAUAA